CUCUAUUUUAUUUAACAACUUUCACUCGUACGCGAGAGUCCGUCUGGUGGCCACUGUGCGCGUGUUACUGCGUGAACGGUGGUUUCGCUUCACUUUUCCUUCGUCGGACACGCCCUCUCGCCCACCGAGACAAGGGAAAAGAGAGAGCAUGAAACCGAAAGCGGAGGGGCGGCGGCGAUAACGAGGCAAACUGUCUUCGGCCGGCCGCUCGCUGCGGCAGACGCCAGCGGUGUGCUCAGCGUCGCUACGUGGGUGCCCUGCGAUCGAGGAGUGUGCUUCGCGUACCGUGUUCGGCGCUUGUUUCGGCGUCUUGGAGUUUUUGGAGCCGCGAAGCCAUCGGCGAGCCCGUCAAUACAGCAUCGAGAAGACGCGAUCGUCGUAGCGAGGAUACGACCAUGGCUUCGGCGUCGCCGGAUCGCGCGGUCUCUUCGAAGGGCCUGGUCCUGGGAGUGGACCUGGGCACGACCACGGUCAAGGCGUGCCUUGUAUCGUCCGAAGGCGGCUCCGCGGUCUCAUCGCUGUCGCGCGAGACGAAGGCGACCAUCGCCAGCGACCUGGGUUCUCUGGGCAGCGAGCAGGACGCGCACAAGAUCUGCACCGCGUUGCAGUUCUGCCUGUCGCAGCUGCCCAAGGAACAGCUGGCUCGCGUGACGCGCGUCGCGGUCUCGGGACAGAUGCACGGCGUGGUCCUCUGGAGACGCGAAAGCGGCUGGAAGCGCAACGCGUUCGGACGCUUCGACGUGGACGUGGUGAGCGCGCUGUACACUUGGCAGGACGGGCGCUGCUCGGCGAGCUUCCUCGAGUCCCUGCCCAGGCCCCGCUCGCACUUGCGCCUCAGCUCGGGCCACGGCUGCGCGACGCUCUUCUGGCUGCUCAGGCACCGGUCGCGCGAGCUGCUGGAGCGCUUCGACCGCGCGGGUGCCGUGCAAGACUUGGUGGUGGCCAUGCUGUGCGGCCUCGACCGGCCGGUCAUGUCCACGCAGACGGCUGCGUCGUGGGGCUACUUCGACACCGUCGACGGACAGUGGAACACCGACCUGCUGCGCGAGGCGGGCUUCCCGGUGGACCUGCUGCCGGCCGUGGUCGAGCCGGGCGCCGUGGCCGGCUGCCUGGAGCACCCCUGGUACGGCAUCCCCGCGGGCACGCCCGUGCACGCCGCCCUCGGGGACACGCAGUGCUCCGCGCUGUCCGUCGGCGCCGGGGAAGGCGACGCCGUGCUGAACAUGAGCACGUCGGCGCAGCUGUCGUUCCUAUUGGAGCCGUCGUUCGUGCCACGGGCCAGCGAUGAGACGGGUGGCGCUCUGGAGGCCUUUCCUUACUUUGGCGGCCGUUACUUGGCUGUGGCCGCCUCCCUCAACGGUGGCAACGUGCUUGCCAUAUUCGUUCGCAUGCUACAGCAAUGGAUGCAUCAGCUAGGUACGGGAAUUCCCGAGAGCGCCAUCUGGGAACGGCUUCUCGCGGCUGGAGCGGACGAACGGAGCGCCACCUCAGCCAGCGCCCAGUCGGCCGACGCGACCACCCCGCCCCCACCGGACCUGGUAGUGACACCGACGGUGUUCGGCGAGCGCCACAUGCCGGGCGCCCGCGGCUCCGUGUCCGGAAUCGGGCCGCAGUCGGCGCUCAGCCUGGGCGCGGUGCUGCGGGCCCUCUGUCAGGGCCUCGCGCGCAACCUGCACGCCAUGAUGCCCCGCGAGAUGCUGGAGCGCGCGGGCGUCCGCCGAAUCGUUGGCACGGGCAAAGCCUUGACGCGCAACGCGUGCCUGAAGCAAGCCGUCCACGACGUUUACGGCAUUCCCCUCGAGCUGGGCGGCAAGGGCGACGCGGCGCUGGGCGCUGCGCUGGCGGUGCUCGCCCAUGCAGAGCGCGGCCACGCUACUGGCACCUAAUCGAAGUCGCAGGCACGAUAUGCGGAUGGCGUAGGUUGCACAGGUAUAGCGUUGAAUGACGAAUCCUCCCCGUAAAGCGCAGCUAAGACGCCCAGAACUGGUCACCGCUGUGUCGCAUACGUCCUCUUUGCCUGUCGUAAUGUUUGUCAUUUCGCAGUGUACCUUCGAAAUGAGCUAUUGUGGCCUUCUGCGCAGUAUCAGAAGCGUCACUUUCCUGCAGAGCUAAUAAUCCCAGCGAGGGCUUGUCGGUAGUUUUCAUGGUGACUUCUAUAAUGCUUAUAUAUUACGAUGAAGUUUAGUAGGCUGGCAAUCUUGUUGGUGCAAAGUGGUUAGCGCUGGCGCGGUAUAAGUGUGCGUUGCGUCUAAAAUUCUGCAAACGUCUGUGAGCAACGCCAUAUCCCUGCUGCGACCAAUACUGCUCUUUAUAUACAUGAAUUGGCGCUCUUAGAGCCCUGCGUAUUGAUAUCAUUGUUAAAGUUUGGUUUCUGGCGUGCUUUAGGAUAGCGCAUAUACCUUGUAUGUGAUCUAUCUGAUUCUAUGGAAGUAGUUUGCAUGCAGGAUACCCUAAGCUGCGCUGGGAGAUAUUUUGCUAGUCAAUACAUUGCCAAAUUCUCUUGUCACUGAACAGUGGAAGUGUUCCAGCAUCGCCGUCAAUUACGCCGGAUGUGUCUGUUGGCGUUGUGAAAACAUCCAUCACGUUUAAAGAUAUGAUGCCUUGAUGCAAUAGCACCACCUUUGUGAUUUGCCAGUUUGUCAAUUGUGUACUUGAGGGUGGUGGUGGAGAACUGUAGCAUGAGUGUAUUGACAACAGGUUACGGCUGAUCAGGGUGGCAAAGAAAUGAAAUGAGUGAUUGGAGCUACGAAACAUGUUUUCGAUGUGUACGUUCAUAUUGGCAUUGCGAGCUUGCUUUGUGACUGUCAUUUUCUCCUUUCUUUGACUAGAGUAUAUGCGAAACCCUAGCUGUUUGACUCACAUUUUGCCCCAACAUGGUUAUGUUGUUUUUGAGAGGAAACUUGUACUCUUCAUAUUGUUUUCUCGACAAUUCUAGAGAAACGCACACUUACCAAGUUGCAAAUUAUAGGAACAAAGGUUUUGAGUCGCCAUGUUACCUCUAUGAAAUAAUGCUGCUGAGAAUGAAUGAUGGGACAAGCAAGGCAAAGUUACUGUGAGGCAAAAGUAGGACUGAACGUACAUGUAUAUUUAUAAAUCUGUAGUGCAUGAAACAUGUAAGAAACACAAAUAGGAAGCGAAGUUGUUUCUGGGGAGCAUAGCACGUGCCGCAGUUACUAUAACAUUGGUGCUCAAGCCUGAUGUAAAGCGUGUGCGCCAAGUGUGUGGUACAGUAAUUGUUUGAGCAAGUUCUGGUACUAAAUUGAUUACCGAUAGGCACUGAUGCCUGUGUCACUUUAAACAUCUUAUACUAUUGCGGGAUUGCUCUUUGGUAGUUUCAUUACGUUUUUCAAAGUUAUCAAAAUAAAUAAAUCUUGCAGAAUAUGGUGCCAGUCUGAAGCACCGCCCAUUGUUGACUUUGUUGGCGCUGUGAAAAGGAAAGCGCUGCAACACACUACGUACAUAAGGUGCACUUGAGGUACAGAAAUGACACUGCGGUUGGCCACUAGCAGCUCCUUCUUUUCCCCUGGUGAUGACAACCUGCAGACUACACGAUAGAAGUGUUAAAUGUGUGCCUCUCCAUUUCUCUUGACAUGCCCACAGCCAAAAGUAUUUCACUCAGGCGGUGUUUUGCGCAGCGCAUGAACAGAUUAGAGCACGGCGCAUUUUCUCUCCUGUGCUUCUAAACCCAUUCAUGCACUGCGCAAAACACCGCUAUGAACUCGUUCCAACUCGCCCAAGCUUCCACCCUUGUUCACCAAGGCUUAUUUUAUUCACGAGUAAAGAACGGGUUUUGUUGCGCGAGACCAUGUGUUUUGUAAUAAGGCAAACGCUUUCUUAUCUGGUAUUUUUGUCCUUUCUACCCACCGCGCUGGCACAGCGGUUAGGUGCUCCGCUGCUGAGCACUAGGUCGCGGGUGCGAUUCCCGGCUACGGUGACAGCAUUGCGAUCGGAGCGAAACGCAAAAACGCUCGCGUACCUAGAUUUAGGUGCACGGCAAGGAACUCCACGUGACCAAAAUUGGCGUGAGCGCAUUUUGCUAUUGCGUGCCGCCUCAAAGCCCUUGUAGAGGCUUAAGCGUUGAUGAUGUAGCAUGCGCAUGAUGAUAAUAACUAAUGCCAUUGACUCUGCAGCUGUAGGCAUACGUGCUUGUCAUCUUCCUCUUUAAUAGUAUUUCACACUGUGGUUUAUGCUAAAAAAUGGCAUGAAUACCACCACCUCUACUAGAGCACUCAUGCUUAGAAGCUUUGAAUCGCAACAGACUCAUUUUCCCUCACCCGAUUAAAUGUCUUGCCCUUACCAAGAAGGUUAUUUUUUAUGUGACAAGCCAGUCGAGAAGACUGGCAUGUCGCUACCAUUCUGCUAAUCAAGCUCACUUCGACUAUAUUCUUCGCCUUGUGUCCCUGCUGUAGUCUGGAAUAGAAUUUGACGAAUGCAUUAAGUCGUCACUCUCGGCAAUCUGCAGGUAGACUACUGUCCCACGAGUUACCAACGCUCUUGUACUCACGGCAAUGUUUUUAGCAUGUCUACUUGCCUAGCA